CGCGCCCGCGCUCCCGGCUCUACCGCCGCUAGUCCCUCAGGUCCCGCGUCAGGCCAGCGGCUCUGUCCCUCGCCGACGCCAUGGCAGCCCCGGGGUCCCCGGCCGACUGCGGCUACAUCCGGACCGUGCUGGGCCAGCAGAUCCUGGGCCAGCUGGACAGCUCCAGCCUGGCGCUGCCCUCCGAGGCCAAGCUGAAGCUGGCGGGCGGCGGCGGCCGCGGCGGCCAGGCGGCCAAGAGCCUGCGGAUCCAGGAGCAGGUGCAGCAGACCCUGGCCCGGAAGGGGCGCAGCCUCGUGGCCAACGGAAAUCUUCACCGAACCAGCAGUGUUCCCGAGUAUGUCUACAACCUACACUUGGUUGAAAAUGACUUCGUAGGAGGGCGUUCCCCUGCUACUAGAACCUAUGACAUGCUGAAGGCUGGGACCACUGCCACCUACGGCAGUCGCUGGGGGCGAGGGACGCUGCAGUACAGCUCCCAGAAGUCAGUGGAGGAAAGGCCGUCGAGGCAGCCGCUGCGGAGGCUGGAGAUCUCCCCCGACAGCAGCCCGGAGAGGCUCCGCUAUGCGCACAGCGAGCACCACUACAGCCAGAGGAGCCAGCCGGCGCUCCCGCGGCGCCACCCCGACAGCCGGCGGGCAGCGCUCCUCACCGCGCCCAGAUACGCGCGGUCGGAGACGGCGGGCUUCACCCACGCCGGGGCCGCGAGCAGGCAGUGCCACUAUGACACCUACCACAGACACCACCAGUACGGCUCUGUCAGCGACAGCGUCUUUGACAAUGCCCUGGUCACCUACCCGCGGCCGGGGACCAGUCACAGCAUGGGCAACCUCCUGGAGAAGGAGAACUACCUGGGCACAGGACCUGCCUCCGGGCAGGUGCGACCGCUGCUGCCCCUGCAGCCCGUCACUCAGAACAGGGCCGCCAGGUCCUCGUGGCACCAGAGCUCCUUCCACAGCACCCGCACGCUGAGGGAAGCCGGGCCCAGCGUCGCUGUGGACUCUGGUGGCCGGAGGACACACAUGACCGUGGGCCAGGUGGCCGCGGUGGGCAGCGGAAAUCUGCUGCUGGAGAGAAGUGCUGUGGCCGACCCGCAGCUUGGGGGCGCGGACAUGGAGAUGACCCUGGAGCGAGCCGUGAGCCUGCUGGACGCGGACCACACACCGCCAGCCCGGGUGGCAGCCGCGGCCACCUUCAUCCAGCACGAGAGCUUCCAGAAGGCCGAGGCCCGCAGGAGGGUUUACCAGCUGCGUGGCAUCCCCAAGCUUCUACAGCUGCUCAAAGUUCAGAAUGAAGAUGUCCAGCGAGCUGUGUGUGGGGCCCUGAGAAACUUGGUGUUUGAAGAUAAUGACAACAAGCUGGAGGUCGCUGAACUAAACGGGGUGCCCCGACUGCUGCAGGUGCUGAAGCAGACCAGAGACUUGGAGACUAAAAAGCAGAUCACAGGUUUGCUGUGGAAUUUGUCUUCUAAUGACAAACUCAAGAAUCUCAUGAUAACUGAAGCCUUGCUCACCCUGACUGAGAACAUCGUCAUCCCGUUCUCGGGGUGGCCCGAAGGAGACUACCCCAAAACAAACGGCUUGCUUGAUUUUGAUAUAUUCUACAACGUCACUGGAUGUCUCAGAAAUAUGAGCUCCGCUGGCCCUGACGGGAGGAAAGUCAUGCGCAGAUGUGAUGGACUCAUUGACUCCCUGGUCCAUUACGUCCGGGGGACCAUUGCCGACUACCAGCCUGACGACAAGGCCACAGAGAACUGUGUGUGCACCCUCCACAACCUCUCCUACCAGCUGGAGGCGGAGCUCCCAGAGAGAUAUUCCCAGAGCAUCUACAUCCAAAACCGGAAUAUCCAGACUGACAACAGCAAAAGUAUCGGGUGCUUCGGUAGUCGAAGCAGGAAAGUAAAAGAGCAAUACCAGGACGUGCCGAUGCCAGAGGAAAAGAGCAACCCCAAGGGCGUGGAGUGGCUGUGGCACUCCAUCGUGAUUAGGAUGUACCUGUCCUUGAUCGCCAAGAGCGUGCGGAACUACACACAGGAAGCGUCCCUGGGAGCGCUCCAGAACCUCACGGCGGGGAGCGGCCCGCUACGCCCCCAGCAAAGCCACCAAAGCCGCGUCCGUGCUCCUGUACUCCCUGUGGGCGCACACGGAGCUCCACAACGCCUACAAGAAGGCUCAGUUUAAGAAGACAGAUUUUGUCAACAGCCGGACUGCCAAAGCCUACCACUCUCUUAAAGAUUGAGGACAAGGGGCGGACCGCAGGGACCUCAGCCUCGGCGUCUUGGCCAGGCAAAAGCCCUCAGGAAAACACCUAUUUUUCUACUGUCCAGCCCAGGAACCCCCAGAAGAAAGCACACAUUGUUCCCAGCCUUUCCCGUUGCCGUGGUCCCGGGAUCCAGAAAACAAAUAAUCAGAUUUCGGCUCCAGAGGACUUUUGCAAGUUCUCUCCCUGUAGCCCCUGCGCUGUGGCCCCCGUGCCCCUCCUGGGGCCGCGCCCACCGGCGGGGUGUGUGAGGCAGCUGCCGUGUCCCUCGGGCCUUAGAUGUUUGAUUUAUCUCUGUGCCCCUGGUUUCCGCAUUGAGUCAGGAGUGUGUUGUUCGGAUACUGCGCAACCCAUCAGAAGUGACAGGAAAUAUCUACAGGCCUCCCGAGGAAAGUGUCUUCUGUUUGCUUUGUAUGCGUUUUUAUCGCCUUGGUUCUUUUCCCCUCUGGUUCUAAAUGAACUUGAGAAGUUGAUGUUACAGAAGCCUGCGUGACUGUGAGAGAAAGGAAUUGGGAGGAUGAGCUCACAGUCGUUCCUCCUUACACUGUCACUUCAAGUCAGGAAAGUAGAAAGGGACAAGGGAGAGUUCUGGAGGAAAAGCGGGAAGGUGCCUCUCAGUCCGCAAGUGAUGCUGGGAUGCCGAGCUCGGAAGGCAACGUCGCCCAUUGGGUCCGGGUGAAAUGUUGUUCUAACAGGGCUGCGAUCAAAACCACUCGUGGAGAAUUAGUCUGCUCAACUCUGAUCCUGUUAUACAUCCUGCUUCUGUAAAGAAGUCCGACCCCACUUGUUAAAGAAAGUAAGAGGAGGAAAACUCCUUUGGGCUCCUUUUGGCCAGAAAAAUGUAAUAGAAAAUAAAUUCCCAUGUCCAUGUUCA